AGAUAGUGUAUUAGUUAAUAAUACUGCUGAACGCGUUGCUCCCUAACGCUUCGCGUGUCACGCUCGCGCCUCGGAUCAGACUAUAUAAGAAUCUGAAGUUGUGAGAAGUCCUUCAGUUCGGGACAUCGGGCAAGACGAUGACGGAUCGUAGGCGUACAGCAGUGUUUCUCAGUCUGUUUUGUCUGGUCAUUCUUUAUAGCACUUUAGCAUCAGAGUCUGAGUCACAUCAGGACUCAGGUAGUAGUGAUAAUAAAGAAGAAUGUGGCUGCAAACAGAGUCGCAACAAAGAAGACAAAGAGAAAAACGAUGUCACAGAAAGUGAAGCAGACGACAGCUCUCAUACGAGGUUUUAUCAGCCGAAAACUGGCGAUACCCUUUAUCCAAGAACUAACCAGAUGGUUUACAUACCAGGUGGAACAUUUACAAUGGGAACUGAUGAACCAGUCUUCGUGUUAGAUGGAGAAGGGCCUGGACGACAAGUAAAAGUGGAUUCAUUUUAUAUGGAUAAAUAUGAAGUUUCUAAUGCCGAGUUCGAGCUUUUUGUCAACCAGACAGGUUAUAAGACUGAAGCAGAAAGUUUUGGAAACUCUUUUGUGAUGGAAAACUAUCUCAGUGAGGAGGUUAAAAAGGAAAUAACUCAAAUGGCUGCUGCAGCCCCUUGGUGGCUACCUGUUGAGGGAGCAGACUGGAGGCACCCAUUUGGAAAGGAUUCAGGUAUAAAAGACAGAAUGGAUCAUCCAGUUUUGCACUGUUCUUGGAAUGAUGCUGUCAAGUAUUGUGAAUGGGCAGGAAAACGACUUCCUACAGAGGCAGAAUUUGAGUAUGCAUGUCGGGGAGGGCUGGAAAACAGACUUUUUCCAUGGGGAAAUAAUAUGAUGCCAAGGGGAGAACACUGGAUGAAUAUUUGGCAAGGAGCAUUUCCAGAAAAGAAUACAGGAGAAGAUGGAUACGAGGGAACAGCCCCAGUGACAUCAUUUCCUGAACAGAACAAAUUUGGACUAAAGAACAUAAUUGGCAAUGUGUGGGAAUGGACACAAGAUUGGUGGGAGGUUAAACACACUAAAGACUUCAAGGAUAACCCUAAGGGACCAGCGAGUGGCACAGAUAAAGUGAAGAAGGGGGGAUCUUACCAGUGCACAAAGCUGUAUUGCUACAGGUAUCGGUGUGGAGCUAGAAGCCAGAAUACACCAGACAGUUCCUCUUCCAAUCUAGGAUUUCGGUGUGCAUCAUCAGAGCUCCCCAAAUAUCUUCAAACAGAUACAAAAGAUGAACUUUAACUGAUAAUAAUGUUUGCAGACUUCUAUGUGAUUUGCAAUUUUUUCACUUCAAUUGCAAAUCCUCUUGGACUUCUUAAGCUGUAUUCUUUCCAUUUGUCCAACUUAAAUUCAUUCCAAGAAAGAGGCCUUAUUGUUGAUUUUUUAAUACAUAAACUGGCACAAACUGCUAUCCUGGUAUUACUAACAUGAAACAUAGUUCUCACAAAAAAAGCAUUUGCUCCUUCAAAACACUUUCUUACAAACUGUUAAUAGUUCUGUGAAAAGUUUGCAGGUAGUUGUUUUUGUCUUACAGGAUAUGUUUAGAUUGAUAGAGAAUGUGACUUUAUUUUUGUGGGCAGUAAACCCCUUCUGGAAUAGCUUACUUUUAGCAAUUGUGCUUAAAUUUCCGAAGUUCUGGUGAUGGGAUUAAUUAGUUUGACAAGAGGUUAUGGUUGGGUAAAGUUGUUUCUUUGCAUUGGAGACCAGUGAGUUGUGGAAAUCAUGUCUUCCAGGUUAUGUACAUAAAACAGUUUUGUCCUGCAAUUUUAUUUACAUAGCUGUCUUUUGUUACAUAGAAAUUCUCUUUCUUGGCAAGGCUAUAUGGUACUACAAAUCUGCUAUGUACCAAUACUGGCAAAGUGGCAGGAUUAGGAAAAAAAAAUACACUCAAGCCCAUUUGUUGUCACAGUAAAGGUCUGUUCCAAAUGACAAUAAGCAGAUGAUAUUAAUAAGAUUUUCUGUAUAUAGGUAUAACAAAGAAGGAAACAGCACAUAAGGGGAAAAGUAACAAGUGUAAUAUUAAACAGCUUUAUCCUAGAAGAAUGUGGAGGAUUCUCAUUCCUUCUCAAAGAUUUCACAUGUUGAUUUACAUAUUUGCUCAUGUUCUCCAACUCCCUAUUUUUUGUUGACAAAAAAUUGUAAAGUGUAAGCCAUCUGCACCGCAGCAGAUGGUAAUAGUCUAUGGUAAGAUGGUAAUAGAUCUCAUAACCUUCACUUUUCAAGAUCACUUUAGUCACCAGGGUCACAACAACUAAGAGCUUGGGAAAUGUCAUGGCUCGAUAAACAAAAAACUGAAGAUUUUGCAGCAGCUGCAUAAGAUCCAAUGUGCUGCCUCUUACCUGUAUUGUUUAUUCACGAAGCUGUUACAAUAGUUCCUUUUUUUGUGGUCGUGAGCUACGCUUAUAUUUCUUGAAAGAUCCAGUUAAAAUAGUUUUGGAAGCAUGAAGUCCCUUUAAUAAAGCACUGUGAGGUUGAGGAAAUGUGCUAUACAAGUUCUCUGAUUAUUAUGACUAUUCAUGAUAAAGUUAUAGAUUGGGGUAUCUGUUCAGCAUAAUACAAACCUGCACUAAAUUUUGUGAUCCAUUCUGUGACAAAAAAUGUCUCAUAAAAAUGAAGUAAUCAUAUUUUUUAUGUUACUUUUAUAACAGCUGUGAACUCUUUAAACAAAAUAGCAAAACAUAUGCAGUACAAGUGCCUUAUAUUUAUUUUGUUACUGGUGUUGUUAUUUUUGUUUCAGUAUUGCUCAUGUUCUGCCUUAGCAGUGUGCUUAUUGAAAAUUUAAUGAGGCAUUAUAUCAUGUGUAUAUGCGUGUUUGGAAUUUACGUGUAGCUAGGACUUUGUCAAUUAAAAAUAUGCGGAAAAUAAAUUUUGAAAAUACUGAA